AUGGGACACACCCAUGAUGUUGGAACAACAUUUCUGCAUAGGAACGAGAGGGAAGAAUUGGCAGGUAAAAUGGAUUAUGUUACACUUAUGUUCAUGAAACAUGAAAUUAUCAAAUUUAUUUGUGUGAACAGACGUAGGGGUGUUCCUGUUGGACGAGUUUUACAAGAUGUCCGAAGUGCACCAAUCGCUGCAAGUGUGGAGAGAAUCCAUCUCCUUGAGAAAAAAGAUUUGCAUAAUAUAAAAAGGGAUUUUGAUAUUGGUUAUGCAACGAAGAAGCAUGAAAAUGAUGCAGUGAGUGUGAAAUUGUGGGUUGAAGAAAUGAAGAGACAAAGUGACAACCCAGUACUGUAUUUCAAGCAGCAAAAACAAGUGGAUCCUAAUUUUCAAGAUGAAGACUUCAUUCUUAUUAUAAUGACAGACUUUCAGGCCGAACAACUUCUAAAGUAUGGAGAAGAUAAAAUAUGUGUGGAUGGCACUCAUGGCAUAACUGCAUACGAUUUUCAACUUUUUACUAUUGUCGUUGUUGAUAGAUAUGGUGCUGGAAUGCCAGUUGCAUUUUGUUUUUCUAACAGGGGAGACAUGUGCUUACUGUCUUUUUAUUUCAAAUGUGUGAGAGAAAGGGUGGGCACUGUAAAGACCAAUGUGUUUAUGUCUGACGAUGCACCAGCAUUUUAUAAUGCAUGGUCAGCAGUAAUGGGACCUGUGCCAAACCAGUUGCUGUGUUCUUGGCAUAUACAACGGAACUGGACUCAGAAUUUAAGGAGAAUUUCUGGGGGUAGUGAGAAAAAAUCAGCAGUGUUUAGUUCACUAAAGCGAUUUCAGACUGAACUGGAUAUAGAUGUUUUUAGUUGUAGUCUGGAGAAAGUGGUGGAAGACUUAUUGAAUGAUCCGGAUACUGCAGAAUUUGGCAGGUACUUUCUUAAGAUGUACUGUCAGCGAGUGGAAAAGUGGGCGUAUUGUUUUAGGCACCGAUUGGGCAUUAAUACAAACAAUUACUUGGAGUCCCUACAUAAAGUUAUUAAAUAUAGUUACCUAGAAGGGAAAAAGUGCAGAAGGCUGGAUAAGUCAUUAAAUGCUUUGUUAUGUUUAGUGAGAGACAAAGUAUAUGAGGCCUUAGUGAAGCUCUCAAAAUGUAAACAGUGCUCUAGGGCGUCAAGAGUGAAAGCAAGCCACAACGAUAGCUCAGCUAUAACAAAUGGGAUGACUUUAUGCAGGGGUGAAGGGUUGUGGGAAGUGCUUUCUUCCACUGGUUGUGAAGUGUAUGUUGUUGUAAAAAAUUCAGAACUGAUAUGCGAAAGAAAAUGUUCACUUAAGUGUAACACCUGCAACAUAUGUGUGCAUUCGUAUAAAUGCAGCUGUUUAGACAACAUUUUAAAUUUUAACAUAUGUAAGCAUAUACAUGCAUGUGCCAAAUCAUUGUCUGGUGCUGUCCAGGAGAGUGAACAGUGUUCCUUGCCCUCUAGUGCAGACAAUGAAUAUGUGUCAGCAUUGCUUUCUGGCAAUUCAGAAAAAUCUGCUGACACAUUUGAACAGGAUGUGAUGUCUCACUGUGAAGCUAUAGUUGCACUCAGCAAAGGAACACAGUGUGGACAGGAGACUAAGGCCAAAGUAUUGAAGGAUCUGAAGAAGAUCAUUGGCAAUCUUAAUAAAGAUUUUUCUUUCUCACAAGGAAACACAGUAAAUGUGAAUGCCAAGAUUGAAUCUCAGGCUAGAUUUUUUUCCACAAAGCAGAGAAGGAUUUUGUGA